GGUCCAUUUUCCAACAAUUCUAUUUAAUAUUUCCGUGUUUAUAUUUUUCAGAGUAGCCCAUGAAUUCAACUUUGUCGCACUAUAAAUAUGUAGGUAGCUCCUUUGUGCCUGUUCCUAGUCCCCCUUAGCCAACCUGUGUUGUUUUUUCUCUUACAUCCAAAUUCAAAGCAACGGUUCAGAGCUUUACCCUCGGGUUUUGAAUAUAUCCUUACACUCUAACCCAUCAUUUCAUCAUCACUUCGAUCAAGUUUUUUUUUUUUUCUUCUUCUUUGAGCUGAGAAUUCGGAAACACGGAUCAGUAAGAUGGGAAGGCAACCUUGCUGUGAUAAAGUCGGGUUGAAGAAAGGUCCAUGGACAGCUGAGGAAGACAAGAAACUCAUCAACUUCAUUCUUACUAAUGGCCAAUGCUGCUGGAGGGCUGUCCCUAAGCUUGCAGGUCUCCCCCAUUUUUCUUCCAAAUUCUUACUAUUCAUUUGCAAAACGGGAAAGUUUUUAGCUGAUAAUGUAACCCCAUAAAAAACACAGUAACAUGAAUUCAGUAGUCAUUUGCUUGACAUUUUGAAGCAAAUCCUUCUUGUUUUUUUUUUUUUUAAUUUUUCUUCAUCUUGUUUAAUUUUUGGGUGAAGAAAAGGUAGGGUCAUAUAUAUUCUGAUGGAUUGAGUGCAUUGCAAUAUACAGGAUUGUUGAGAUGUGGAAAGAGCUGCAGAUUGAGGUGGACAAACUAUCUAAGACCUGACUUGAAGAGGGGAUUAUUAUCAGAAUAUGAAGAGAAGAUGGUGAUUGAUUUGCAUGCUCAGCUUGGCAAUAGGUGGUCCAAGAUAGCUUCUCAUCUUCCUGGAAGGACUGAUAAUGAGAUCAAGAACCACUGGAAUACUCACAUCAAGAAAAAGCUCAAGAAAAUGGGGAUUGAUCCCGUCACUCACAAGCCACUAAUUCCCUCCACAAAUCUCCCUCCAACUUCUUCUUCUUCUGAUGAUGAUGAUGAUGAUCAAAACCAGGAAAAUAAUAACCAGUCAAAGAAUGGUGAAGAAGAACAACACCAACCCGGAAAAACAGAGUUUCCGGGUUCAGAUAUUAUUCCUAUUACAAUUGCGACGGAAAUGGAGCUAGAAAACAAAGAAUCGGAGACAUCAAUGCAGUCAACAAUAACUACAGAGGCCAAAGAAGAAGACGACAAAAGCAUUUCACCACCAACAAUAAGCUCCUUUGACUCCAUGCAAGUCAACAAUGGCUUCUUGUUUUUGGACGAUAUCCCAAUCAUAAAUCCUGAAGAAAUCCUCGUACCAUAUGUCCAAUGCCCAUCAUCAUCUUUACAAUCAUCUUCCUCUUCGUCUUCACUGUCUUGUUAUGAUCAGGGUUCAUUCAAUCAUGAAUUCGGAGCCAAUAAUUUGCCAGCGAGAUUCAUGGACUGGCAAUUAUCUUCAUCUCUUGAAUUUGAUGGUCAUCAUCAACAGAAUUACCCUGUAAACGGCAUGGAUUUCUGGGACGAUGGGUUCAUCAGCAAUUUGGAUUUGUUGUUAAAUAAAUAUGACACCAACACAUCAUUAUUGGACGCUCUGGAUCAUGUUACUGAACCUUCUCCCACGCAGCAGUAUCCAGGAAUAGUCUUAGAUGAAGGAGAUUCUUGGAGAUUUGAUUUCCUGUGAAUACUUAUCAUAGUAUUUUUUUUUUUUUUUUUCUCUCCCCCUUUUUUCACUUCAUAGUUCAUAUGUUGUUCGUGGUAAAUUUCAAUUUUUUUUUUCCAGUCAGCUGUCAAUAGUGAAACGCGAUAAUAAAAAAAAAAGAAAAAUACAUAGUAUAUGUGUGGGUCAAAGGUACCCCUUGAUCGAUCCGGUUAAUUUAUUAAAUCUUUGUACUUAUGUUUUGUUCUCGAAGAGACAAAAUUAAAGAAUAUCCUUUGUCAAAUGAAUGAAUGAAGUGGUGUCCAGCAUUUUGGAGUACAAACAUGC